AAUUUUUAUGGAUUGUACGGUUUAUGUAAUGACCAUCUACGAAGUUCACUCAGCUGGUUGUUUUCUCUAGUAAUAAAUUAGAAAAAAAUCUUAUUUGUGGUUACCUGUUUGUUGCUUAGGCUAAUAUUUUAUCUUAAUAGACUAGUAUGAGUUUCAACGAAGGUUGCAAAAUGAAGGAGAAUAUUACUGAAUUUUCUGAAAAUAAAACAAAAUCAACGCCAGUUGCAAUGGUUGCACCAGAGGUAAAACAAAACGCUGAUAACACAGAAAUCACCAAAACCUGUGCAGUAUUAGGAUGUGAGGACUUUAAAAAUUUAGAUGAAGAAUCAUUUUUUAGGUUUCCAGAAGAUGCAAACUUCAGACAGAUAUGGACAGACCUGACAGGACGCAAUAACUGGACUCCAACUGAUUAUUCAUAUAUCUGCAUACAACACUUCUCUGUUGACUGUUUUGUAUGUGAUGCCGAUGACAAAAUGGUCCUAGUAGACAAGGCUGUACCAUCUUUAAAGCUCCCUGGACAUGUUUUAGAGGUUGAAUAUAUUGAUGAAGACACAUUUGAUAAUGAAGAAGAUGAUGAAGGAGAAGAAUACUCGGACAUGGAUAUGGAUGAAAUGGAUGACAAUAGUUCAGUGACUGAUAGUAAAAUGAUGAACGACAGUAAACCAGUGCUUAACAAUAGGCUGGUCGUGGAAACUAGACAGGUGACUGACAACAGAUCGAUGACUGAAACUAAAAUGGUGGUUGAUACUAAACCAUUGAUCAAUACGAAAAUAUUGACCAAUAGUAAACCAGCAAUCAGUAAUAAACUGAUGACCAAUAUGGGAAUGGUGAAUGCCAAAAGAUCUGUUAAUGGGACUGCAAAUAUAAACAAUGUAUUAAAAACAAAAGUAAAAGAAGUAGACAAUGCAGAAAUAUUAAAGCUAUUUACAGUAGUGCAGAAAAUGCAACGACAAGCUGUCGGCUUAAAAGACAAGUUAAAACGCAUCAUGAAGGCCCACAAUCGUUAUAAUAGAGCCAUAGAAAAAGUUGAGGAGAGGGUAGAAAGAAAGAAGAAGAUUUUGGAGCAGAAACGAAAGAGAAAAGCUCGAAUACUUCUAUCGCUACAAGAUAAAAUUAAAGAGGACACAAAUGGUUUAGUAUUGGCUAUGCCAGUGCGGCAGACAGAUGACUUAAUGAACUUCGCACUCAGUAUAUAUAAAUAUUCGCCCCAAGCAUACAUUUACGUUCGGAAUACAUUACGAACUAUGCUGCCGAAUACUGAUAUAUUAGAUUCGUGGAUAAGUUCUGGAUACCAGCCAAAAAAUCUGUUGUCAAAUAAUAACUUGAUUAAAGUAAUUGCUGAACAAACAGAAAAUGUGCUGGCUUGCAAAAUUAUUAUAGGCUAAUUUCAGGUGUUAAUUACAAAUAGUUUUAAUUAAUAAAACAAUCUUCUAUGUU